UCAAGCAAUCUAGGCGCCCUUGUUUGUGUGGUGGUGUUGGCUAUGGCGGCCAUUGGACGAGCGUGUGGAUUUCCGCCGGUCGGGCUUGCGGCGCCGAUCUCUCGCAGGAAUUCCGCGCACUGGAUUGUUACUCGCAGCGGCAAUGGCGCGGCGAUCAGGCGUGUCAUUGUGAGAGCGGCUGGGGUUGAUUUGGAUGCGGCAGCUCCGGCGGCAAGCUCAGGAACCAAGAGCAAGGAAAUUGCUCCUGAUAACAGCUGGUCGAUCACAAAGACAUCUUUUGGAACAAUUGGACUCUUUCUCGGCUCAGGACUUCUCUCAUAUGGUUUUGGCGCAUACUUUACCAUUCUACCAGGAUCAGAAUGGUCCUCGUUGAUGCUAACGUAUGGAUUUCCACUCGCGAUCAUUGGAAUGGCGCUCAAGUAUGCUGAGCUCAAGCCCGUGCCUUGCACAACUUACGCGGAUGCUCUGGCAUUGAGAGAAUCACAAGCGACUCCAAUUCUCAAGCAGGUUAGAGAAGACGUGAUCCGGUAUAGAUACGGAGAUGAGCAGCACCUGGAAGAGGCGCUCAAGAGAAUUUUUCGCUACGGCCAGGGAGGAGGGAUCCAAGCUCGCAAUGGCCCAGUUCUCCAAUCCAUUCGCGAGGAAGUGAGUGACCAAGGCAAGUACACGCUCGUCCUCGUCUUCAAAGCCAAGGCUCUCCAGCUCGAAGAUUUUCUCACUCGUCAAGCCAAAUUCACAUCUUUCUUCGGCCCCGGGGUGACAGCCAACAUUGAAUCGACCGGCGAUAGCGUCUUCGAAGUGAAAUUGAUUGCUGAUGGUGGAACUGUAUAAAGUAAUAAUUAAAUUCAUAUGAAGCUUACAUCGGCCGAAAUUUCAGCACCUAGAGUUGCGAUUCAGGCAAUUCCAGUGCUAUGAAUCAACAGGGGAAAGAAAGUCUCACAAUUCUCGCAAUUUCUCUCCAACCGAGUGAAGUUUACCUUCAAAGAAAAGGAGAAUGGGCAAAGAAACCCUCGCAAAGUUUCUCCUUGAUAGUCGCUUCAUGGGUUUCAUGGAAUGUGAUAAUCUACAGAGAGGAUGUCGUUCGUGUUC